GAACAGACUAUUUAUUUUCUGGCAAAAGUAUCGAUAUUUUGAUAUAUCGAUAUUUUUCGCCCAAUUCUAUUUACUAGAAUUGUUUCAUAUUUACUAAUAAGUCAAGGCGGAUGGUUCUGUGUAAUGUUGUGUAUAUCGUGUCAAACGCCGACUAAAAAGUACAAAUGUUCAAAAUGUUUAGUUCGAUAUUGCUCACUUCCUUGCUACAAAAAACAUCAGGACACGUGUGUUUCCAAGCAAUCCUUAAACAUUGAGACAUGUGAAGUCUAUAGCAUCAAUGAGCCUACUCUGCACGAGCCCUUCGGCACCGAGGAUACAGUGCCCCGGAGUAAACUGGAGCUUCUGAAACACUGCGAAACGCUCCACAAUUUACUCUACAAUUCGCAUCUUCGAAAUUUACUCACUGAAAUUGAUGUAGCUCCAGACGCUUGGAAAGCUAUGAAAGCAGCAAUGCAAGAACCACUAUUUCUAGAGUUCGCCGAUGAAUGUUUGGAAAUUAUUGAACCCAAUACUGACGAUUAUAAUUAAAAUAUAAAUUUGAUAGAUAAAUGUGCGUUCAGAAAUGCAUCUAGCCAUAGCAUCAGUCUCUUUUUUUUCAUAACUAUAAUUAAUAGAAAUGUCUUAUUCACGGAAGUUCCAAUUCGGCAUUUAACCGUAGUUGCGCAUAUUGGACAUUUCCACCAAUUAUAGUGUAGAAAUAAAAGACUAAUGCUUCGGCUUCAUGCAUUUCUGAACGCACCCAAACUAACCCAAUAUAAAUGUGAAACAACGCGAAUUUAAGAUAGUAUGAUUUUAGAUAGUAUGAUUAUUAUAAGUCAUCAUAAUCUCUUAUAAAA